AAAUCAGACUCUCCAUCUUCUCCGGUCUGCUGGGUUCUGAAGGCUCGGCGGUGUACAUUCCGGCAACGCUCGCGCUGUAUUUGUUUGGGAUUUUAGGUUUGAAAUGGGGUCGAAGAAGGAAAUGGAAAAUGAUGCUUCUGUUGAUUCUCCGACCUCCGUCCUUGAAGAUGAGGAAAAGAAUGUUGUCAAGUUGGAGGAAGAAAUGGUUUUGGAUGCAGAAGAUGUUGAUUCCUCUCUAAUACCAAGGACAAUGGCUGAAGAGGAAAAUAAGCUACUGCAAGCUCGAUUGAAGGAGGCAGAACAAAAGGAACUGCAGGAGGCACCUCAGUUAAAUGACUCACAGUUUACAAAAUUGGAUGAGCUUUUAACACAAACCCAGUUAUACUCCGAGUUUCUGUUAGAAAAAAUGGAAGACAUAACAUUUAAUGGAGUGGAGCAAGAAACUGUAGCUGUUGAGAAAAAGGGUGGUCGGGGUUCCAAAAGAAAAGCUGCCAAACAAUACAACAAUAAGAGGGCCAAGAGAGCAGUUGCAGCAAUGCUUACAAGAUCUAGAGAGGAUGAGAUAACUGGAGAUACAAACUUGACUGAGGAGGAAAGAAUUGAGAAAGAGCAGAGAGAACUUAUACCCCUGUUGACUGGUGGAAAUUUGAAGUCCUAUCAACUCAAGGGUGUGAAGUGGUUGAUAUCCCUGUGGCAAAAUGGUUUGAAUGGGAUCCUUGCAGAUCAAAUGGGUCUUGGAAAGACAAUUCAAACUAUUGCAUUUCUUGCACAUCUAAAGGGAAAUGGGAUGGAUGGACCCUAUUUAGUAAUUGCCCCUCUUUCAACUCUCUCUAAUUGGGUGAAUGAGAUUAUGAGGUUUGUUCCUUCAAUGAACACAAUCAUCUACCAUGGAAGCAAGAAGGAGAGGGAUGAGAUACGUAGGAAGCACAUGCCUAGGGUUAUUGGCCCCAAGUUUCCCAUAGUCAUUACUUCUUAUGAGAUGGCAAUGAGUGAUGCAAGAAGAUUUUUAAGGCAUUAUGACUGGAAAUAUGUAGUGGUUGAUGAGGGGCACAGGUUGAAAAACUCAACAUGCAAACUUUUGAAGGAAUUAAAGCACUUGCGUGUGGGCAAUAAGCUUCUUUUAACCGGGACGCCUCUCCAGAAUAAUCUGGCUGAGCUUUGGUCACUGCUGAAUUUUAUUUUGCCUGAUAUUUUCCAAUCUCAUGAAGAAUUUGAGUCAUGGUUUGAUUUGUCGGGAAAAUGCAACAGCGAAGCAACAAAAGAAGAAUCAGAAGAGAAGAGAAGGGCACAAGUGGUGGCAAAACUUCAUGCUAUAUUGCGUCCCUUUCUUCUCAGAAGAAUGAAGGCUGAUGUUGAGCAGAUGCUUCCUCGAAAAAAGGAGAUCAUACUAUAUGCUACCUUGACUGAGCAUCAGAGAAAUUUUCAGGAUCAUUUAGUUAAUAAAACACUAGAAGACCAUCUACGUGAGAAGGUUGACACAGGACGUGGCAUGAAAGGGAAGCUAAAUAAUUUGAUGGUUCAACUACGGAAAAAUUGCAACCAUCCUGACCUCUUAGAAUCAGCCUUUGAUGGCUCAUAUUUCUAUCCCCCUGUGGACCAAAUAGUUGAACAAUGUGGAAAGUUCCGUUUGCUUGAUAGAUUAUUGGCUCGGUUAAUUGAUCGUAAGCAUAAAGUUCUGAUAUUCUCACAGUGGACAAGGAUUCUGGAUAUAAUGGAUUACUAUUUUAGUGAGAAGGGAUUUGAAGUUUGUAGGAUUGAUGGGAAAGUGAAAUUAGAUGAAAGGAAAAGACAGAUUAACGGGUUUAAUGAUGCCAACAGCAAUUAUCAGAUAUUUCUAUUGAGCACCAGGGCUGGUGGCUUGGGUAUCAACCUCACUGCCGCUGAUACCUGCAUACUGUAUGACAGUGACUGGAAUCCUCAAAUGGAUUUGCAGGCGAUGGACAGAUGCCAUAGGAUUGGGCAAACUAAGCCGGUUCAUGUUUACAGGCUUGCAACAGCACAAUCUGUUGAGUGUCGAAUCUUAAAAAGAGCUUUUAGCAAGUUGAAGCUUGAACAUGUGGUGAUCGGAAAAGGGCAGUUUCAUCAAGAAAGAAAAACUAGUACGGAAAACUUGGAGGAAGAAGAUAUCCUGGCAAUACUCAGAGAUGAGGGAACUGCUGAAGACAAGAGGAUUCAGACAGAUAUCAGCGAUGAAGAUCUGGAAAGGGUCUUGGAUCGCAGUGACCUCAUUGCCAGUGCAGAUGAUGAAGAGGCUAAUGCAUCCAUUAAUGGAUUCCCACUCCAAGGUCCUGGUUGGGAGGUGGUGAUGCCAACAGGGGCUGGAAGUGUGCUCUCUACUCUCAACAGUUAAUCGAGCAUUUCAGAGAAUGCGGUGUAGGAGAUAGUGACACGUCUAAACAUGUUGGGGGCCUGCGUCUUUUUGAUCUUUUCCAAGACGAUGCUCAUUUUCUCUCUAGGUUUUUAUCUUCUGAGCUGAAAAAUGCUCCGAACUAAAGGAGAGCUGAUUUUUGUAAAUGCCAAGCCUAUGGUAGGUGAAUCUAUUACCAUCGAAGAGAUUUUAUGAUAAAGCUGGAUUAAUUGA